CGACAUCUCAAACCGAAUGAAACAAAGUAUAGUGUGUUUUUGAUUACGAUGUAAAGCAAAACCCCAAGUUACCGGACGGAUAAUGUUGCAUAUUCUCUUAGAAGCAACUAUCGACGUAGCGAGGCAGUAUCAACAUAUUUCAACAUCUGCAAUGUCCUAGGAAAAAAAUCGAAUAGUUGGGUGGGAGAAAGUACAUAGUGCAAUGUUCGUAACCAAGUUCUAGUCAUCUUCGCCAAGCAUCGUGACGACGGUACAGCAGGCAGCAAGGAGAGAAUUAUACACAAAUAUUUAUUUAGUUCUAAGAGAAGGAAGAGAAGUGUAGCUCGGCGAAUUUCUCGCGGAAACAAGGAAUAUACCCGACCAGUGUGUGCACUGUAAUGCAUUUUAGUUCGGUUGUCGUGUGUGGGAGAAGGAAAGUCAUUUGCCAUAGUGUGCCAUAAAUAAUAGAGAUGCAAAAUUUAUAUUUCCAUUCUCCUUGGGGUGGAUAAAGUGACGAAGAAAAUUUUUCACACCGCCAAAGUGAAAGAAGAGUUACUGUUCUGUCUGUGUGCACUGAAUUAUUCGCUUUUCGAAUGGGUCGACUGGGUGGUACUGGAUUGGUUUAUGCUUAGCUGUGUAAAUUGAAUUUUCACGCAUGGUUUAGUGCUGUUGAUGGCAGAAGCAUGCCAAACACAAACGAAAACUCUCAUUCCGGUUCAACCGGUGACGAUCUCGGUAGUACGGAUGAGGUGAAAGUGUUCAAAGACGAAGGAGACCGGGAGGAUGAGAAAGCAUCGUCGGAGAACCUGCUAGAAGAGAAGUUCAAUUUGAUUGAUCUAACGGAAAGUGCCGAAAAUUUGGUUAAAAAUUCCUCCCGCCAAGACUUGAGCCCGCCGUACGCUGGUGGGGGCAGCGGUGGAAGUAGCGCCGGUAAGCUAAACUCUCCGGACCACUCGCCAGGAUUCAACAUGGGAUACCUGCCGCCUUAUCAGUAUUCAAGUGGAACGGCCAGUGCAAUUCAGGGGUCGAUGAGCAAAAUUGGCCUGUCACAGUUUUUUUGCAAUGAAGAUCCACUUUCCAACCCGCCACCAGCUCAUUGUGGAAUCAUUCCUUACCAACUGGAUUCCAAAGCGAUUGGCCUUACCGCACGACAAUCGCUGUAUUCUUUUUCCACCAGCCAGUAUCCUUAUCCGAUUCUUUCCUCCAACAUGCUCCCGGUACCACCGUCAUGGCAUACUCCGUCGAUGUAUUCGACUGCCCCCAGUUUCCGAAAUUCCUACCCAUCCUCUUUACAGAUAUACACCACCCUGGCAAGUGAUCUGUAUUCGCGCUAUCAAUCUUCCUCACUGCUAAAUUCCGUGCAUCCGCACAACGUACUUAGUCAGGUAAAACAAGAAGUGUCGGCGGCGCAGGAAGCGUCGCACAACUACAGCGUACGGCAGGCACAUCAACAUGGUCAAGGUGGUAACAAAUCUACGGAUCUACCGCAGGAACUAACGAACCGCUACUCUCGGCCCUCGAACAGUAGCAGUGCAGGUGGCAGCAGUACUAGCUCCAGCAGUGGUGGUACCAAGAAGAAAGGCUCUGCAACCGCCAACCAGCAGCAACAGCAGAACCAUAAACCACAUAUCAAAAAACCUCUGAAUGCAUUUAUGCUCUACAUGAAGGAGAUGCGAGCAAAAGUGGUGGCCGAGUGCACCCUGAAGGAGUCCGCGGCGAUCAACCAGAUUCUCGGUCGGAAGUGGCACUCGCUUUCCCGGGAGGAACAGAGUGUAUACUACGACAAAGCACGCCAGGAGCGGCAACUACACAUGGAAAUGUACCCCGGCUGGACGGCACGGGACAAUUACGGCUACGGUGCGAAAAAGAAGCGGAAAGCGAAAAAGAAAGAUCAACUGGGUUCGGAGGCGGCAAGCAGGCGAAAGAAAAUUUGUAUACGAAACGAUGAAUCCGACAACUACGACGGUUCACGUAUGUCCGACGAGUUUAUGGGCAAUUACGGGACCGUGGUGUAAUAUUGAACCGUGCAUCGUAACCAGAGCUCAAACAUAAACUGCAAACAAUCCCACGCUUACAAGACUUAAACCCACAGAAACACGAACUCAACCUUCACCCCCGUUAUCAAAGAACCAGCAACAGGAGAAGAAAAUUAAAACUAAACCCAGCCUAAGUCCGAGAGCUAGAUGCAUACGAUGUACUACUAUAUAGCGAUCCAAAUCUCAAAUCGUUACUUCUUAUUUUAGCUAAUUUAAUACUAAUUUGAUUUCAAACCAGUGCGGAAUGGAACUUCCGUGCCGGUGCGCACGAAAGAAAGGCACAACUGCCGCAAGCUUUAAGAAUUUCUGUUCUAAGAAAUAAUCAUUAACCUCCCCUCCACCCGGUGGCAUUUUGUCGCUUCGCACGCACGAGGGGAAGUUAUAGUGUACUUAAUCAUCAACUGCUCGUUUAGACCGUACUAUACCAAUUACAUUUGCAAUUUGAUGAGCGAACAAAAUUUGAAAGCACUCUUUCUCUCUCUCUAGAGCAACUGCACCGGAACCGGAGAAGUAAAAGAAAACAGCGACUUUUUUCCCGCCCGUAGUUUAGGGUCGGGGUACAAUGUGACGAAAUACUUAGUAGGUAAAAAAUAACAAUCUGUGGUGUUUUUAAAGUAAUUUAAAGUGAAACCGGUGACGAAGAAACGAGAAUGAUAAGAAUGAGUAUGACAAGUCUUUGUGAGUAAGUUUAGAAAUGAAACCAAAAAGGUAUAUAGAUAUAGGUAUAUUAAGUAUUUAGAGGAUAACCAUUUAACUAUCGUGUAAGUCAGUGUUAGUAGUAACAUAAACAAAGGAAAGGCGCAGAUGUUCAGCAAUAAUACCGUCAUUGGAGGGAAUGAUAAUUAUUGUUAACAAUGAAACAGAACAUGAGUACGAAACAGGGAAAAUUGCGCGAGAUUCUAGGGUCGAACGCGGGAAGUUUCGAAAGGCAAUUCGUUUCCGGCAAGACAAUUGGGAUCUCUUUCCAGGCGGGCGAAUGGGAAGCACUAGUGUGUAAGACAGAGGGUAAAGUUUUAAAAUUGCCACCCGAUGGCACGGGCACGGGGUGCCACCCGAUGGCACGGGCACGGGGGAACAAAUUGUUUUACUUAUUUUCAGGAAGUUUAUAAUCUUCCUUCACCAACGAGCUUAUAGGAAAAUUAUGGUAGUACUUGAGCGGAAAUGAAUUGUUAUUAUAUCACUCUUGAACGCAUUAGACUUAGAGAGCUCGCUUAUUUAAAUGCUUCUCUUUUUUGAUUUUUUUAAAUUUCUGGUGAAACGCUUUGACGGGUUGUUAAGGUAGAAAAAUAGCGAAGGACUUUAAUUUACGCUAAUUCUUCGACUGAAAACGCGCAGAUAUCGUUUACCAUCUUUCUACAUUUUAAUGAUUCUAAUUAGUCGACCACAAACCAUCAACGUUAGCUAGAAGAACGCUCAUUUGCCUGUUACUUACUGCUGCUGCUGCUGUUGCUACUGCUUCCGCCGAAAACAAUUUGAUUGAGAUGUUUUAAUGUAAUGAUGUCCUUUUCGUUCCAACAUUGUACCAGCUUGUUUGGCCUAGCGUUGUCCUCGGUUGGCUGUGGUUCCGUGCCAACCGUACACCCCAAAUGUUUUCACUCCUUGAUCUGACAUUUUGAGCACCUUUCUCAACCCCACGUCAACGUCGACCUACACCGCGUGCCUGGGAAAUGAUUAUUAAUACAUCAGCGUAGGGAUGAAAUGCGAAAUCAGCAGCAACCACGCUUGAAAGAUAUAAUUUGGUUUAAAUCGGAUCGAAGUUUCCCCCUCUGCUGCUGUUGUUCUCUGUCGCUUCGCGCUCCUCCCCCAUUUCUGCGUCCCCUUUAUAAUUUGAACUCGAUAAUCCUGAUAACCUUCAGGAGCAGAAACACAGCCAUAUCAACGCUGCCGGCCGUGCGUCGUUAACAGCCAGAGCACCGCUGUCGGCAUCUCGUUGUCGUGAGCGAAAAUCUCUAAUUACCGAGGAAAGGAGUCCCUCGGCUGCUCGUGCGGUGACUGACUGGUUUUUGUUUUUUUUUUUCGAUGUAGCUACAAGGAGGAUUUACUGCUUAUGACAGCGUGUUCUAUAAACGUAUAUAAUUUGUGUUGUUUGCUGAUUUUUGCGUUCUUUUCAGCAAUUGUACUGAUUGAAAUUUUCUUGGAAACAGUUCUUUGUUUUAUCACCUAGUAAUUAAAAGUUUUCAAUGAGAGAAAGUAGCCCCUAUCAUCGAAUGCAUAAUUAUAAUGCAUCAGGCAAUGUAUUGUCGUACUUCCGGUUUUUCGACAAUUGAAGAUCUGCGUUUGCAUGCAAAAAAAAACUCACCCGGAAAUGGGAGCGAUGAUUGUCUCUUUUGUUAUCGUACUUUUGUCGCUCCGCUUGCAAGGAGCACGUUCAUUUACUGCUUCGAUCCUUUGGAAAAUCCGAAAUGACUGGGGCAGAAGGGACAGCAAGAAAACCGCUUCAUAUGUUUCGAAUGAAUAAUUUUAAUCUUCUAAAUUAGAAUUGAGGGGAGAACUAACUCUCUUUUCCAACCCACGUUACGGCAAACGCCAACCAGGGCUUCCGUAUGUACCUACCAUUGCAAUAUGUAUACAGCACGAGCGAAUGAUACUUGUGGAUGCUAUAUUUUCCUGCUAUCGCUGCUACACCACUGCCGCAGCAUCUUCUUAUGAAAGAGCAUCAUGUCGAUGUGCGGUGUUCGUGAUUGUGUGCGAUGAAUGCUACAAAAGAAACGAGAAUGCUAUUUGCAUUCAGUCAGUUGGUCACACAGUGGGUCACUGCUGGGACGAAUUGGAGGAGGAAGUUUGGCGGUUUUUUAUUCUCCAAAAGUUAUCUUCAAAUUAAAGAUUUUUUUGUUUUCAAACUUUGUGAGCGGAUCAGUUAUCUCAAUAUACUUUAGUUUUAGAUUCUACAGAAUAAUAGAAUGUUAACUGAUGUCGUGGGAUUUGGAAAGCAAAUCUAUCAACAAAAAAUUGAUUUGGAAGCUGCCACAAUCUUACCGUUUUCGGGAUGAUCGGUCACAUUUCCAACGUAACUUUUCAGAUGAUGGACAGUUAUUAGAUUUAUUCCAUUCCCAAAAUAGUAUAAAAGUUUUCUACUUUACCGAAAGGUCUUGAAUUUCCUCAUCUACGUACUAUACUCUCUUCCCAUUAGCAACAACGUGAAAGCUCUUCCGCCAUAAGAAUAAUUGUCUGCCUCAAAAUAAGUUCUGUCAUAUUUUUUUCGUCAUGGGCAUACUUUUGCUAGAAACAGGGCUAAAAAUUUUCACCCCUUCUGCUCGAAAGUGAAAAAUGGUAACAACUUAGCAACGAAUAGUUACCAUGACAAGGGAAUAUUUCACUAUCAUGCAAUGCUCAUUCUCUCUUUGUUUUUUCAUUAACCGUAAGAAAAAAGAAAGUCACUGUGGAAACUUGUUCGUUUUUUUUUUCAAUUUUAGCGUUUCGAAACGCUUUCGGUUCUUAUUUUCGCCGGUGAAGAUUAUUUGGUUGAAUUUUCAGCAAAGUUUAUUGCAUGACCGUGAACGAUGCGCGUGAAAUAUUUCAUCAGAGUAUGACAGCUUGUUACGAGAAUAAACAUCUAUUAUGUCUGAAACAGUGCUGCGUUCAUUAGAAAUGAAAAUUAAAAAAGAUUGGUUGUCAUUUUCGAAAAACUUUGCUGACUAGGAACGACAUUGUAAGAAAUUCAAGGUUUUCACUAUUCCACGUAAGCUGCGAUGGUGAAUCUAAGAUUGACAAUGAGUAAAACCUGCUCGCAUAGAAUGGGUUUUUACUUUUUCUUUUGACGAAGUAAUUAAAAAACGUAUCUAUUAAAGAAUGAGUUAAAGAAUUUGAGCACAUAGAAUUAAUUGGACUAUAAAGCUCGAUCCAUUUAAUGGUGGUCGCACAAAAUGGGACACAUCUUCCUCGAAAAAACACGUAAAAAAAUCUUGAGAUAUCAUUUUGCAACAAAUUUUUCGACCUUUGAAUGAAAAAUACAGAAAAAAAUCGUCUGAGUUUCGGAUGAAUUCUCCAUCAGCUGUUUCAUAUCGUUCUGCUACUUUUUCUCAACUUACUCUUGAUUAUCGCCCAACAUUUUUCAAUUGGACGAAAAUCUAGGCAAUUUCAUUUUCCUUGUUCCAAUCCAUGAUUUCCCGACUGUAAUGGCAGCUGGCCAAAUCAGGCCAGAACUUCACCGGGCUCCGAUUCUAGAGCCACUCUUCCAAUCAUUCAUGGUUGGUCUGGAGAUGAAAAUCUUGUUUUUUUUUUGCCACAGCUACAGAUCCCCUGCCGCACCAUCAGCUUCCGAACGGUACUUGUCAGCAAACACAAAUUCAAACCGCUUGGAAACAUCACCCUUGCGCUUGAACUUAUAGAAUUUUUGUCCUGGGAAGUUGCGCAAAAUCCAUUCUUACAUAUGUUUCAUCGUCCAUUAAAAUGCAGCCGUCGAGUUUGAUUUAGACUUUCUCAUACAGUAUCCUAGCGCGGCGUUUUGCAACGAGAUUCUGUUUGAGGGUCCUGUUGGAGUGCUUGCUGGCGUGGAACGACCGUAGACGUUUACGCCGACAGAUUCGUCGAACAGUGAUUCGUCGUACGGUGCCGACAACUUCUUAGCCAAAUCGCGCAUGGUGAUUCCAGACGUCCGAACUGCUCUGCAGACUUUCAAUCGUAGCUGCUUGUCAAUCGUUCCAUUUCUGCGGUUGCUAUGAUCAGCGCGAUUCAGCGUUAGAAUUUCAUUGAAUCGUUGCAGCACGCAUUUCAACGUGAGUCUGCAAAAUUCUCUCACGUCUUUUACGUUCAAUCGUCGAAAAUUUUUGCUCCUCUGACUCGAGUUUUAUGAAACUUUCACCACUAUGUAAAAAAACCACUCUCUGAACCGACCUUGUAAAAAUCUUGCCUCUCGUGGCGAUACCCGUCCUCCAGAUUACACGCUCAAUGGUGAUAUUGAACAGCUAAC